AUGUCCUCCCGCAGCCCCCGGCCCCCGCCCCGCCGCUGCCGCCGCCGCCUGCCGCGCCCCUCCUGCUGCUGCUGCUGCUGCCGCCGCUCGCACCUCAACGAGGACACGGGCCGCUUCGUGCUGCUGGCGGCGCUCAUCGGCCUCUACCUGGUGGCGGGCGCCACAGUCUUCUCGGCGCUCGAGAGCCCGGGCGAGGCGGAGGCGCGGGCGCGCUGGGGCGCCACGCUGCGCAACUUCAGCGCGGCGCACGGAGUGGCCGAGCCGGAGCUGCGCGCCUUCCUCCGGCACUACGAGGCCGCGCUGGCAGCCGGCGUCCGAGCCGACGCGCUGCGCCCGCGCUGGGACUUUCCCGGCGCCUUCUACUUCGUGGGCACCGUGGUGUCGACCAUAGGUUUCGGCAUGACCACCCCCGCGACGGUGGGCGGGAAGGCCUUCCUCAUCGCCUAUGGGCUGUUCGGCUGUGCCGGCACCAUCCUGUUCUUCAACCUCUUCCUGGAGCGCAUCAUCUCGCUGCUGGCCUUCAUCAUGCGCGCCUGCCGGGAGCGCCAGCUGCGCCGCAGCGGCCUGCUGCCCGCCACCUUCCGCCGCGGCUCGGCGCUCUCGGAAGCCGACUGCCUGGCGGGCUGGAAGCCCUCGGUGUACCACGUGCUGCUGAUCCUGGGUCUGUUCGCCGUGCUGCUGUCGUGCUGCGCCUCGGCCAUGUACACCAGCGUGGAGGGCUGGGACUACGUGGACUCGCUCUACUUCUGCUUCGUCACCUUCAGUACCAUCGGCUUCGGGGACCUGGUGAGCAGCCAGCACGCCGCCUACCGGAACCAGGGGCUCUACCGCCUGGGCAACUUCCUCUUCAUCCUGCUCGGCGUGUGCUGCAUCUACUCGCUCUUCAACGUCAUCUCCAUCCUCAUCAAGCAGGUGCUCAACUGGAUGCUGCGCAAGCUGAGCUGCCGCUGCUGCGCGCGCUGCUGCCCGGCGCCCGGCGCGCCCCUGGCCCGGCGCAACGCCAUCACCCCGGGCUCCCGGCUGCGCCGCCGCCUGGCCGCGCUCGGCGCCGACCCCGCGGCCCGCGACAGCGACGCCGAGGGCCGCCGCCUGUCGGGCGAGCUCAUCUCCAUGCGCGACCUCACGGCCUCCAACAAGGUGUCGCUGGCGCUGCUGCAGAAGCAGCUGUCCGAGACGGCCAACGGCUACCCGCGCAGCGUGUGCGUCAACACGCGCCAGAACGGCUUCUCGGGCGGCGUGGGCGCGCUGGGCAUCAUGAACAACCGCCUGGCCGAGACCAGCGCCUCCAGGUAGACGCGUGCCUCGCCGCGCCACGGACCCUCACCAGGCUGGGGUGCAGCCGGGCGGCGUUUGCUUUCCUUCUCUCAGACGCUGGCGCUUUCUUAACCUUUAUCCAAUAAAA